AUGGCGGCCACAGGCAACGAAAAGAAAGAUGCAAUGGACUGGGGCCACGAUGCCCCCAAAAAGGACACCACUCCCCUCGACGAUUUCAUCAAAUUCAUCACUGAUCCUAACGUCAAACCCGCCAUUCUGCCAGGACAGAUGAAAAAUGUUCUAAUCUACUGGGACCGUGGCGACCUCGGGAGAGGCGAUGAGCAAAAGAUGAAGAACAUGGGAAUUGAUUCCAAUGCUUGUUUUGCGCAUGUACUUGACGUUCAACAGUGGUUUCACAAACGCUAUCCCAAGGAUGGCAAGCCGAAUGAGAAUUACGGUCUUGGACCGGCUGCCGAAAGGAUCAAUAUCGACAAGGUCACACAGAAGAAUCUCGACGUUCGCAAGACAGAGGCAGAGCGUGCAAGUCUCUCGGGCGCGAUGAUACACAACGCCGCCGGCGAUAGCGAGCUUACCCUUCGUAUCUUCGUUGCGAUAGUCCUGGCUAGAAUCCAAGAGCUGAACAACAUGGAUGGCGGAAAGCGUUCACUGAGAGAUGACUUCUGUUUCAUCGGUCUGAACUUCGAGGGCGAUACUACAGAGAUCGGUUUCUCGAGUGUCUUGUCCAUGUUCAUCAACGAAUCAGCAGGUGAAAAAGCACUCAACAUUGGAAACAAGCACGCCAUCAUCUGGGAGAAAUUCGACGAGCAUCCCCGCCAAGAUGCUCAGGCCGAUCGCAUGAAAAUUGACGAUGUAGAAAGCAGAACAUACCCUCGCUGGAACUUUCGAGGCGGACCCAACACCACGCAAAGACGCGAAUUCUGCACUGGACUAUUCCUGAGUUUCAAACCGGACCACCAUCAAUCUCUGAUGAUUUCUGUCGAUAGCGAAGUCAUUUACUCGGCAAACAUGGCUUGGUGGAUCAAACGUCAAGUUCCAGGCACUCCAGAGUCCUCAUUUGGAGCGCCAGUUCCCACACAUCCUAGACGUCAUCUUGUGCCGGUUACGCUUUGCCCUCAUGCUAAUCAUGAAUAUAAACGGCGCCCCCGUAGAGCUGAUGGUAGUAUGAUUCUUUCCAACGUGCAGACUCAUCAGAUAAGCCACAACGAUACCCGCAUCAUGUCAGGAUCGGCUUUUGAGCCUACAGAGGAGGAGGUGUUCAGGAUCUAG